CUCUAAUCAUCCCACUCUCUCACCACCACUCUUUCCAUUUUAAAUUUCCUGCGAAUUUCCCUCUGUCGAAAUUCAAAUUUCGUUUGCAUCCCUCCCGCCGCCGCAGGAUCAAAGCCGCCACCAAGUCUUCCAACGGAAGCUCCUCCAAAUCGUUGGUGGUCAGCAGUUUCUUAAAUCACCCGUCAACCCAAUUUUCGCUGUCCUUCUUCUUCGAUGACGGCGCCGGCGAGUGAUGCUUCUCCUCCACCCAGCCACGGCGCCGGCGGUCCCGCGCCGCUCCGUCCGAUAUCCGAAACCCUAGACGUAGAAAAGCUGCUGCAGCUGUCCGAUCCCCCGGAAGAACAACCCCCCUGGAUAGUUAUAUCAGGUGGUGCCGACGACGACCUUGAUUCUGCGCUAACCCUAGACGCCUCCUCCGGCGUGCCUCCUCCGGGAAUCAAGGCUUCUACGAGUGAUUGUGGUCGGGAUGAGGAUCUUCCAGAAGUGGGUGGUGAUGGUGUCGUGGAUUUCGAUUUCAAGUCUGCUUUGACUUCGUCUGGAAAUGCCGCCCAACAAUCGUCGGAUGGGGAAGCUGUAAUAGGCGAGUCAUCAGCUGUUGAAGAGUUGGGGAUGGAUGAUAGUGGGGAUUAUCAGGCUCCUGGUUCUCCUAUGGAAACGGAAGCUGGGACCAGUGCCCCUUCUUCACCCAAUGGGAAGCUCAGCGAUGUAGAUCUUGAUUGUGAUGAGGAUGACUCGGAGUACUACCAUCAGCGCCCCCUUGUUGUUGGUUACGGUCCUCGUCCUCGUUUUGGAGCCGAUGGAUUUCAUCGCCGCGGUUGUCCUGCGGGGUAUGGACAUGGGUGGUGCCAGUGCCGGGCUUGGGUGGAUAGAAGCCGCUCUGAUUCAGAAGAUGAAGAUAAUAGGCCUAGGGGGUUUUCCAAGCCCCGGAGAGAACCUGUUGAAGAUGAUAGGUCCAGGGGAGUUUUCUGGUUCCGGAGGGAACCAAUUCCUACUGGCAUGGGUGCUGGACUUACAAACCUCGGGAACACAUGCUUCAUCAAUGCGAUAUUGCAAUGCUUUACACACACUGUCCCUCUGGUGAAGGCUCUACGAUCCCACAAUCAUUCAUUACCUUGUGACAGAGGUAGUGAUGGAUUCUGUGUUCUUGAUGCACUUCGUGAUCACAUCGAAUGUUCCCUGAACUCUUCUGGAGAUACUAUUGCUCCCCGAAGUCUUUUUGACAACUUGAGUUGUAUCCUUUGUUGCCUUUAUGCUUCAUGAUUAGGCAUUUCUUCCCUUUUCCAAAAAUACCAUCAGGAAGAUGCACAUGAAUUUCUGCAGUGCUUGUUGGAUAGGCUGGAAAGAUGUUGUUCAGAUCCCAAUGCAGCUGAAGGUUCCUCAUCUUCAGAAGCUGAAAAUAUCGUGCAUCAAAUUUUUGGAGGUCGUCUUGUGAGCAAGCUAAAAUGUUGCAGCUGUGGCCAUUUCUCUGACAAAUAUGAACCUCUAAUUGACUUGAGCUUGGAGAUUGAAGAGGUGGAUAGCCUGCAUGACGCACUUGAAUCUUUCACUAAAGUGGAGAAGAUAGAAGAUCCAGAGACAAAGCUGACGUGUGAUAGUUGCAAAGAAAAAGUAACGAUGGAGAAGCAGCUUAUGUUGGACAGGGCUCCUUUAGUCACUACUUUGCAUUUGAAGAGAUUCAAGACCGACGGACACUCUGUGGAGAAGAUUGGCAAGCACAUUGAGUUCCCUCUGGAGCUUGAUUUAGUGCCCUACUCCAGUCAUGACCAGAAUGACAACGAGGGUUUGAAGUAUCAACUAUAUGGAGUUGUGGUGCACAAUGGUUUUUCGCCUACCUCUGGACACUACUUUUGCUAUAUAAGGUCAUCACCAGGGAAAUGGCACAAGUUAGAUGACUCGAGGGUCACUGAAUGUCGCGAAGAAAUUGUAUUAUCUCAAGUCGCAUAUCUUCUAUUGUAUGCCAGAGAAGGUACGCCUUGGUUUUCAAGUUUAAUGGACUCGCAAAAGGUUGAUCAAGGUUUGGGCACUUCAAGCACGUCUCCAAAAUCUGUUCUAGAAACUGUGGACAGGGAAGAAUAUACUUCAUCUGAUAAUAACAGUAAGGAAAAUGGUGACAAUUGUGAUACUGCUGCUGCUGUGUUUACUGGAGAUGACAUAGGAAUACUUGAGCCCCAAAUUGAUUCCUCUUGCGAAACAGUAGUGCAAGAUGAACAAGUUGAGACCUUUGAGCAGCACAAUGAGGAAGGUCUUGAGGAAAGGCUGAGUUUUCGUGAUGAUGAGACCAAAGGUGCUGAGAAACCAUUGUCUUCUCCUCCUGCUGCUGCUGACGAUGAUAUUCUCCAGGCAAAAAGAGACCCUCAGGACUUUGGCACUUUUGGCGAUGAAAACUUGCGUCCACAGCUUCAUCCCAGUCCGAGUGGCAGUGGUCAGACUGGCCAGAAUACUGGUAGGGAUUAUGGUGGUCUGCUUGUCCAGUCCCACACACCUAUCACGCAUUCAAGUCGUGCUACCAAUGUUGUUCGACUACCAGAAACCAGGUAUCGGAAUGCAAGAGACCAGCAGUGCAAGGCUGCAAGUCUUGUGUCCGAGGAGAGAUUAUCGAAAAAGGGAGCCAAGGAUCCAAAAACAAGUGAAGCUGUUCGGUACAUGAACAAGACGAUGCCCUCUUCCAGACGGAAUCAGCUCAUGGCUGCUAUUGGUCUCCCAAAUGAAGAGAAGAAAGGAGGGUUGAGAUCAUCUAUGUGCAGUAGUAAGAGGUCCAGAACUCCUGAUCCCAGCCGGAGAGUGCUGCGCCGAACUGAACCAAUACGAUGAUGAUGCAUUUCGUUAGUAGUAGUAGGAAUAGGAAAUUGCUAGUUAAGGAAGAGUGAAAUUGUAGUAGUGUAAAUGCUUCUGCUCAUGAACAACUAGUUCCAAACUGUGUGGGGGAAAAAAUCUAACAUCAUGGGCGAUGUUUCCAUUCUUCUCUCUUAACGGAAUUCCCAUUUUGGUCACAACCUUUGAUUGUACUAACAUUCUAACAUAGGC